GGAGGAGGUGAGGUUGCCAUGGAGAUGGUAGCUGUGUGCAAGGGGAGAGCAGCAGGGUUUAGAAUUCCAGGAAGGAAGAGAGAGUGAUGUCAUCAGAUUCCAUGGACCAGCCCAGGAACCCCUGUGAGAACGAGCCUCUGACCCCAGGUUAUCAUGGAUUCCCGGCACGGGACAGCCAGGGUAACCAGGAGCCAACAACAACUCCUGACGCAAUGGUUCAGCCUUUCACUACCAUCCCGUUCCCGCCGCCACCACAGAACGGCAUCCCCCCGGAGUACGGCGUGCCCCACACUCAGGACUAUGCCGGCCAGACCAGUGAGCAUAACCUGACGCUCUACGGGGGCGCCCCGGCCCACGGGGAGCAGAGCAGCAACUCGCCCAGCGCCCAGAACGGAUCCCUGACGACAGAAGGGGGCGCACAAACUGAUGGCCAACAGUCCCAGACACAAAGUAGCGAGAAUUCAGAGAGUAAAUCGACCCCCAAAAGACUGCAUGUCUCUAAUAUCCCUUUCCGCUUCCGGGACCCUGACCUCCGGCAGAUGUUUGGGCAGUUUGGCAAAAUCCUAGAUGUAGAAAUAAUCUUUAAUGAACGUGGCUCCAAGGGAUUCGGGUUCGUAACUUUCGAGAAUAGUGCUGAUGCAGACAGGGCCAGGGAGAAAUUGCACGGCACCGUGGUAGAGGGCCGUAAAAUCGAGGUGAAUAACGCGACAGCACGUGUAAUGACCAAUAAGAAGAUGGUCACACCCUAUGCAAAUGGUUGGAAAUUAAGCCCAGUUGUCGGAGCGGUCUACGGCCCUGAGUUAUACGCAGCGUCCAGCUUCCAGGCGGAUGUGUCCCUAGGCAACGAGGCGGCCGUGCCCCUGUCUGGAAGAGGAGGCAUCAACACGUACAUUCCUUUAAUCAGUCUCCCUUUAGUUCCUGGCUUCCCUUACCCAACUGCAGCCACCACGGCGGCCGCUUUCAGAGGAGCCCACCUGCGGGGCAGAGGGAGGACGGUGUACGGUGCGGUCCGGGCGGUACCUCCGACAGCCAUUCCCGCCUACCCAGGUGUGGUUUACCAGGACGGAUUUUACGGUGCUGACCUCUAUACAGAGUCUGCAAACUGCUUCAGAUCAACCAGGGCGGAUAUGCAGCCUACAGAUAUGCACAGCCCACUGCAACUGCAGCCACCGCUGCUGCCGCCGCUGCCGCAGCUUACAGCGACGGUUAUGGCCGGGUGUACACAGCCGACCCUUACCACGCCCUCGCCCCUGCCGCUAGCUAUGGAGUUGGCGCUGUGGCAAGUUUAUACCGAGGUGGCUACAGCCGAUUUGCCCCCUACUGAAGUGACGUGAGACCCCGCCACUGGGACAGCCCCCCAGUUCAUGAGGCCUGGCUAUUGCAAUAUUUACAAGUAGAGGAACUCUAUAGCAAGAUGAAGAGGAAAACAAAAACAAAACAAAACAAACAAAAAAAAAAACCACAAAAAAAAAAGAGAGAAUACUUUUUUAUACCUCACUAUGUUCUUUGAAUAUGUAUUUUUUUUCCUUUAAAUUUCUGCCUUUAAUUCUUUUGUUCCAAAGAUUGUGCAUUUUUUUUUCUUUUAUUUUUCUUUUUUUUUUAAACUGUGGUAAAAAAAAAAUUAAUGCAUUUCCAUGUCUGUAUGUUUGUACUUAGCUUAUUCUGUCAAUCAUGGAAGAGGUAGUUCAUGAGGAAGAAGAGAUUUGUGGAGCUGAUAAACGCAUCUGAUCAGAAGUCAGCAGACAGAAUUACCAAAGUGUAUCUGGUGCUGGAUGACUAGGUCAGGCAGGAGCG